AUGCUUCCUACUUCUAAGCCCUUGUUUGGGGCAGUGAAGCUGGAGCUCCCUUCAUUCCAAUAUUCAGAAACUAGUGCGCUUGAUCAGUGGAAGACGACACCGUCACCUCCACACUCAGAUCCUCUUGACUCUGUUGAUGCUUAUAUUCAGUCUCCACCACCAUUGGAGAUAGAGCAGUCAAGCGACACUGGCCUACUAGAUAUGUUACUUUCCAGUGCCAAGAUCAAAACCAGUGCGAGGCGUAGUUUGGCUCUCCCCGAGAUUACAAUUCCCACGCAACUUACUGCAGAUUCUGCAGGGAACGUUGUAAAGACAGAAGAGUUGGAUCAGGUUUGGGAACCAAAGAGAGUUGAUGUAACAUGGCCUGAUGUUUUACUUGCGUCGAGCUGGCUAUACCAACAAGGCUGUCUAGGGAUUGUAAGAGACUCAAGCAGCAUGAAUGAUGAGCUUGCGUUUCUUCUUGGUGGUGAAGACACUGAAAACAGUUAUGUUACUGUUGCGUCAUCAUCAGGUCAAACACAACAAGGAGUUGGGUCUUGCACAUGGACUAAUAUGCCUCUUGUUUGGUCCUUGUAA